UAUUGCAAUUCCAUAGACAUGAAAAUGAGAAGAGUGAUUGUGGAGACUGGUUUGGACUCCAUAUCCAUGGAUUCCAUAGACGGACGAAGAAGACGAAGACCAAGAUCUAUUGCAUCUCCCUUGUUCCUCUUAUUAUCUCUCUUACUGUUGUUGCCGAUCAACUCCGAUGGAUCUUCGUCUCCCGGUGGAAGAGCUCGACCUCAAACUCGCACCUCUUCAGUUUUCUCCUUGUUUAAUCUCAAAGAGAAGAGCAAAUUCUGGAGCGAGUCUGUUAUUCGUUCCGGUGAAUUUGAUGAUUUGGAAUCUCCCACCUCUAAACUGGGUCUUCUCAAUUACACCAAGGCAGGUAACAUUGCCAAUUAUCUGAAGCUACUCGAAGUUGACUCUAUCUACCUUCAAGUUCCAGUCAAUUUCAUCUUCAUAGGCUUUGAAGGCAAAGGAAACCAAGAAUUUAAGCUUGAAUCCGAAGAACUUGAGCGCUGGUUCACAAAAAUUGAUCACGUCUUUGAACAUGCUCGGAUUCCCCAAAUUGGACAAGUCUUGGACCCAUUUUACAAGACUAGCGUUGAAAAAGAGCUGCGCCACCAUCUUCCUAUCGUCAGUCACGUAAAUUACAACUUUUCCGUCCAUGCAAUACUGAUGGGAGAAAAGGUUACCUCCAUAUUUGAGCAAGCAUUACGUGUUUUAGCUCGCGAUGAUGAUGUCUCUGCUGCUAACAAGGAUAAUGUGGAUUCUUUUUAUCAAGUGGAUUUGGAUGCUAUGGAAGUCCUUUUCAGUAGCCUUAUUGAAUUUCUUCGACUUGAAGAUACAUAUAAUGUUUUCAUUCUGAAUCCAAAGCGUGAUGUAAAAAGACCUAAAUAUGGAUACAGAAGAGGUUUAUCAGAUUCAGAAUUAAAUUUUCUUAAAGAGAACAAGACUUUACAAACAAUGAUUCGUCAGUCAGGAGGCACUCCUGAAGCUGUUCUUGCCUUGGAUAAGAUUAAGAAGCCUUUGUACGAAAAACAUCCCGGGGUAGAGUUCUCCUUGAGGAUAGCUGAAGACAGUGAUACGGUAGAGUGGUACAAUAUGUGCCUGGAAGCACUGAAUAACAUUGAGAAGUUAACUCAAGGGAAGGAUACUGCCGCUACCAUUCAGACCAAAGUGUUGCAGUUAUUGAAAGGGAAGAAUGAAGAUAUGAAGCUUGUUUUUGAAAAGGAAUUAAGAUCUGGAGAUUUCAGUGUUCAAGCAGAAUGUCUUACAGAUACGUGGAUUGGAAAAGACAGAUGGGCAUUUAUUGAUUUGAGUGCGGGUCCUUUCUCAUGGGGACCAGCAGUUGGUGGAGAAGGUGUGCGGACAGAACUGAGUUUACCAAAUGUAGAAAAAACAAUUGGCUCAGUUUCAGAGCUUACAGAAGAUGAAGCUGAAGAUCGCUUGCAAGAUGCUAUUCAGGAAAAGUUUGCUGUUUUUGGGGAUAAAGAUCAUCAAGCGAUUGAUAUUCUUCUGGCUGAGAUUGAUAUAUAUGAACUUUUUUCUUUCAAACAUUGCAAGGGGAGGAGAGUUAAGCUGGCUCUUUGUGAAGAGCUUGAUGAGAGAAUGCGGGAUUUGAAAAAUGAGCUACAGUCAUUUGAAGGUGAAGAAUAUGAUGAAGCCCAUAAAAGAAAAGCCGUAGAGGCACUGAAACGAAUGGAGAAAUGGAAUUUGUUCAGUGAUACUCAUGAGGAGCACCAAAAUUACACAGUGGCUCGAGAUACUUUUCUAGCAGAUUUGGGUGCAACAUUAUGGGGGUCGAUGCGACACAUCAUAUCACCUUCCAUGGCUGAGGGGGCAUUUCAUUAUUAUGAAAAGAUAUCUUUUCAGUUGUUUUUCAUCACACAGGAGAGAGUCAAACGUUUUGAACAAUUACCAGUGGAUCUUGACGCUCUAAAGAUUGGGCUCCAAUCUUUGUUGCUACCUUCUCAGAAGUUUUCUUUCAGUCCUCACAUGUUACCACUUUCAGACGAUCCUGCUUUGGCAAUGGCAUUUUCUGUGGCACGGCGAGCAGCAGCUGUCCCACUAUUGCUUGUUAAUGGAACUUAUAGGAAAAAUAUUCACACAUAUCUUGAUUCCUCCAUUCUGCAGUAUCAACUACAGAGGUUGCAUGAUCAUGGCUCUCUCAAAGGUACACAUGCCCAUAGCAGGUCCACACUGGAGGUUCCAGUGUUUUGGUUCAUUCAUGGUGAGCCAUUGUUUGUUGACAAACAUUAUCAGGCUAAGGCACUUUCAGACAUGAUUAUUGUUGCUCAGUCAGAGACCUCAACCUGGGAAAGCCAUCUACAGUGCAAUGGACGUUCACUUUUGUUGGAUCUAAGGAGGCCAAUAAAAGCUGCACUGGCUGCUGCUUCUGAACAUGUGGCUGGUCUUAUACCUCUACAUCUUGUUUACAGUCAAGCCCAUGAAACUGCAAUGGAGGACUGGAUGUGGUCGGUGGGAUGCAAUCCUUACUCCAUCACUUCUCAAGGUUGGCACAUUUCGCAGUUUCAGUCUGAUACAAUUGCUCGUAGUUACAUCAUAACAACUCUCGAAGAGUCUAUAGAAAUGGUCAAUUCAGCCAUCCAUCUUCUUAUCAUGGAGCGUACAACGGAAAAAACCUUCAAACUCUUCAAGUCUCAAGAGCGCGAGCUAGUUAACAAGUACAAUUAUGUUGUUAGCCUAUGGAGAAGAAUUUCAACUGUUUCCGGAGAAUUGCAUUAUGGGGAUGCCAUAAGACUGUUACAUGCUCUGGAAGACUCAUCCAAAGGAUUCUAUAGUCAAGUAAAUGCAACGAUAGCCCUUCUCCACCCAAUUCACUGUACAAGAGAGAGAAAAGUGGAUGUGGUGUUUGAUAUGACUACAAUUCCUGCUUUUCUAGUUGUGUUGGGAGUCCUGUAUAUUGUGUUAAGGCCAAGACGACCGAAGCCAAAAAUCAAUUGAUUGAUCGGUUUUAAUCGAAGGACAUAGUUAGUUGCAGAUGGUUUUUUCUCGAGAUACAUACAUCGGAGAUGAAAUAUCCAUAGCUUGUCUUCGGCUGGAUUCUGUUUCAUCAGUAGCUGCGGCCUGCAAGAGUAGUGGUGUUUGCAGAGGUGGAGCAUUGCCCAAAUUAUUGUCACUUCUUCGCAAUGCCAGCGAAAAAACUAACAUUUUUGUUCUGUUAGAACUCUUACCAUGCAACCAACGACAUACAUACCGUUGUGUAAUCACUAUACUAAUCAACAACACCACUCGAGUUGCCCGAGUGUUUUACAUGGAUUUUGUCUAGCUGUACUACUACAGCCUUCUCA